AUGCCACCCUCCAACGUCACCGUUCUGUAUCCAACUCCAGAUCUGGAGUUUGAUCUGGAAUACUAUCUCAAUAAGCACAUGCCGGUGGUGAUGGAGAAGUGGGCGCCCUAUGGCACGAAAGACUGGAAGGUCGUCAAGUUCACCGAGUCGCCCGACGGAACCCAAUCGUACAGUGUCGGCGCCAUCAUGACAUUUGAGAGCCAGGAACACUUGAAAAAGGCCUUGGCUGGCAAGGAAGUCGAGGCCAUCUUUGGCGACAUUACCAAUUUUAGUAACAAAUACGCUCUUUUCCUAAUGAGCAACAUCGUUGAACAAAGUUGA